AUGCCUACCCUACUUCCUAGAUCGAAAUUUCAAAAUAAGACAAUUUUCGCAUGAACACCGUUAUGAAAUGACUGAAAACCUACAACCCGACUUUUAUUUUGAAAUUGCGGUCAAUCCUCCGCGUUUCGUCGAUCCCUCGCGGAGCCACCGACCGCCCGGGUUCCUAAAGGAAGGGAGGGUUAAUCCCGUAGGAGCGGUUGGUUCCGGGCAGGUACAGUCCCGCCGCUGCCGCCGCCGCUGCCGCCCGCGAUGAGGCUCCGUUUGGCCGGAGCCGUGCUACUGUCGGCGGCCGCCUACUACGUCUACCUGCCGUUACCGAGCGGCGUGAGCGAGCCGUGGAAGCUGAUGCUGCUGGACGCGCUGUUCCGGAGCUUCAUGCAGGCGAGCGAUGUGGCUCACGCGCUGGGCGUCUGCCAUCGUGUCCACCUCCUGAACCAGGUGGUGUCCUGGGUGGAGGUGAUCGAGGCCCGCUCCUGCCCCGCCGUGCACGUGACCGACUCCUUGCUGGGCGGCGUGCCCGCCAGGGUCUUCCAGCCGAAGAGGGAGGAGCUGAAAGAGGUCAUAUACUUCCACGGUGGAGGGUGGGCGCUCGGCAGCGGGCGGAUGCGAUCCUACGACCUUCUUUGCCGGAAAAUGGCAGAGGAUCUGGACGCCGUCGUAAUGUCUGUUGAUUACCGUCUUGCUCCGGAGGCGGUGUUCCCGGAUCAGUACCACGAUGCGUUGGCGGCGUCGCGGGCCUUCCUGUCCACUCAGAUUUUAGAGCGCUACAGUAUUGAUCCGGAGAGGGUGUGUGUGUCCGGGGACAGCGCCGGGGGAAACCUGGCUGCCGCUGUGGCACAGGAGCUCAGCUCAGAUGACAGUCUGGCCGUGAAGUUCAAGGUCCAGGCGUUGAUCUACCCGGUGCUGCAGGCUCUGGAUUUCUACACCCCAUCCUACCAGCAGAACAAGGCCGUGCCGAUCCUCUACAGGCCCAUCAUGGCUCGUUUCUGGCUGCAGUACCUGGGCGCUGACCCCUCCCUGGAGCCCCUCCUGCUCGCCAACAACCACAGCUCCCUGGACCAGCCGGCCAUCGGCGCCAACACCCGCUCCAAACUGGACUGGACCUCUCUGCUCCCCGGCGAGCGCAAGAAGCACUUCCGGCCGCUUGUCAAAGAGACGGGAUCGCCGGGGGUGGUGGGCGAGGUGCCGGCGCUGGUGGACGUGAGGGCGGCGCCGCUGCUGGCAGAGCAGGGGGUUCUGGGUAGGACGCCUAAAGCGUACGUGAUGACCUGCGAGUACGAUGUGCUGAGGGACGACGGGCUCAUGUACGUGAAGCGGCUACAGGACGCGGGCGUCUCGGUGACUAGCGACCACUACGAGGAUGGGUUUCAUGGCUGCAUGGUGUUCGCCUUCCUGCCAAUGAUGUCCAGCGUCGGACAGAGGAGCAUGAACAACUUCAUCUCCUGGUUGGACCACAAUCUGUAGACCCAUGAGAACCGGGAUCUGUGGAGUCUGCUUGUGAAACCAAAGAGGGAAUUCUGGUACUUGAGAGGUACUUGAGAGUUCCUUGAUGGGGGCAGGAAGUAUUAGAAGGUCGUGUCCUGAACAAGACACCAGACAAACUGCUUUGAAUAGGAGUAUCUGCAUAAUAUGUAAAAUUUAAACACACAGAAACACAAUCAACAAGUUCAGCUCCAAAGGUCUCGAUAUAAGCUGCUUUUUACCAUCGUG